CUGCUGGAGCUGUAAAUCAAUGCGCUCCCCGCCACCAAUGAGCGUUGGAGACGUCCUGCGCGUCACCGGAUCUUCGAACCGUCUUUCCUUAAGUUUCACUUUCUGUAGCUGAGAACGGAACCGCUGCAGCGACACUCACGGACUUGAGGGUUUCUGAGCUCAGAUAACAAACAGCAGUUUUAAGCCCGUUCCGUUCAGGUGACGCCAUGUCACGUUUACUGAAGGAAAUAAAGAAGGUCAACGCAGACGCAGCUCGAACACUGGAGGGUGCCGAUUUACGCACCGACCCGGAGCUCCAGUCGUUGACUCGGGACGACCUGCGUGACCUGUUUCCUCAAGUGGGCAAAUUCAAGCUGCGGAGACAAAUCUUUGACAUAAUACACACGCAAAAGCCGAUCGAUUUUCUCCUACAAGAUAUGAGGUCAUUCGUCCCAGAGCAAUCUUUAAGAGCUGCUCUAACUGAGAACGGGGUCUUGGCUGACUACCUCAAAGUCCUGAAGGACACGAAGACCCAGCUGAAUAGCGUGCGGACCUUCCUCGACGCUCAUAUCGAUCUGCUGGAGGGCAUCAGCGCAAAUCCGCCGGCGCCUGAGCCCCACGGAGGUUUUCAGGCAUCUCAUCCUCCCAAUUACCAAACAGAGUCUUUCCAAAGAACAAGCACUUCACCCACCUGUGGCCCAGUGGAUUCCUACAAAGCAAACACUUUUUAUCCACAAGGGGACGUCAGCCUGACACGGUCUCCUUCUCAAUCCUCCGGUUUUCAACAGCAGUCACAAGUCAAAUGUAGGAUGGUGGUCACAGGAAAAACUUUUAAUGCUGACCUGCAGCUGCUGGAGAAAGUGAGGAGUAACUCUCCAAACUUGGACUUGGUUUGUCACAAUGUGGAGGACCCAAGCGAUCAGGACUACCAGGUCACCAUCGUCUUCUGCCCUAUUAUUUCACGUAUUGGGACAGAUGUUGAGGCAGCCAUGCGUAACGUUACUGGUGACAAGCCUGUCAUUCUGGUGAUAAUGGAACACAAACCGGAGGCCACGAGUAUGAGCCAUAUGAGAACAUGGCACGAUGACCCUAAGAUUGUGUUGCAUGUCUGCAUUUUCUAUCAUGAGACGAAGCAUGGAUUACUGCAGUGUCCUCAAAAUACUGAGGCGGUCUCACGGAUUCAAGGGAAACUGCUUGAGUACAGCAUUAAAAUAAAUCAGUAUACUCAUAGAAAUAGUCAGGAAAGGACCAGAAAGACCAGUAGCAAGGAUUCUAAUGCUGACAGUAGUGGUGUGAUGACUUGGUUUGGGUUUAGAAAAACAUAAUGUGACUGUCUCAUAAUAAAGAAAAAUAAAGGUCAGUGUUGCUUGAACAUGUACUGUACUCUCAACCGGCCUUCUUUUAUUAUCAGUACCUGUAUAUAUUGGUGAACUAUACUAAAAGAAAAAAAAAACACCUCAACUCUAAGUAAUCAGCCAAACAACGUUAUGUAUUUUUCUAGAACACAAACAAGUCAUUUGCAUUAGGUUUUUUUGCAUUAACAUUAAUCUGUACCUUAUUGUAAAAAUCAUGAUGUAUGGUCGGAUGUUGAUAAAUAAACUACAUUAAUGUAUGUCA